AUGCCGAAUGAGACCUUCUUGUUUGUCCUUUACCUAGUCCGGCCAUUGCACAUCGAGUUGACCGGAGGCGAUGGUCCGAUCCGAGAAGGAGCGGUGGUGACACUCGUUUGCCGUGUGGAAGGAGCCAAACCCCCUGCCAACAUCACCUGGUUCAACGGAAGCGACCCCCUCCCCCUGAAUGCUCAACCCCGCAGCAGUGUUGCCGUUCAGGUGGAUGGGACUUACGAGACCCAGAGUAGGCUGACGUUUACGGCUGGGAGAGAGGAUCAUGGGGCCAUAUUCACAUGUGAGGCGGCGAAUUCUGUCCUCGAGGAACUUGGGGAAGAACCUAUGAAGACUUCUGUUCAGCUGGAUAUCACCUAUGAGCCGACGGUGCGGAUGUCCCCAUUAAAUGCGACGGUGAACGAGACGGAGGACGUCUGGAUUUUUUGCACGUAUGAUGCCAAUCCCCGGAAUCUCACGUCCGUGCUCUGGUAUAAGGACGGUCGAGAGUUGCGAGUGCACCGGGAGAGGUAUGGGGGAGGAAUACCGGAGAACCCGUCCCUUCUCAUUCGGAACACCUCAAGGGAGGACUCCGGAGAGUAUGCGUGCUACGUGGAGAACUCCGUCGGAAUCAGCCAUACCUCCAACAGCGCUCGUCUCCAGGUCCACUAUCCCCCUGAAGUGUUCUUGUCCAUGGAGCCUCGUGGAACCGUGAGCGAAUUGCAGCGACCCAAUAUCACUCUGUCGUGCGGGAUCCUCUCGGGGAACCCGCGGGAACUCCAGGCCGUCAGAUGGUACAUGGACGGGGACUUGCUGAAGGAACUGCCGGAAUGUGUGAGGAAUGGCUCUUCACCGUGGGAGUACGACUACGACUAUGACCUGUGUGACAUCGAUCCCACGAAAAUGUUGCUGGAAGCCGUGGGCCGGAAGUUCAUAGGCAAUUACUCGUGCGAAGGGAGAAAUGAAGCGGGUUGGAGCCGUCGAUCCGCAGACGUCCCGCUCAAUAUUCACUACCCACCAGGUGAAUCGGAGAUCAUGGUGAAUCCGGAAGUGGUGACGAAGGGGAACGUGGCAACGCUGACGUGCCUCACGGAAGAGCCGGGGAACCCCCCUGCCAUGCGCUUCCGCUGGCUCCGCGGGAAUCUUCUCUUGAAUGACGUCACGAGCCCGACGUUGAGGAUCGAACCCGUGAGCCUCCAGACGAGAUCCAAUUUCACGUGCAUCCCCGUGAACGAGGAAGGAGAAGGGGAGCCGGCCUCCGUCAAUGUCAGCGUCUCCGCCCCUCCGACGUUCAUCGACCGCCUGCCACCUUACCACGGGGCGCUUCUGUCCGGGCUCGAGACGAGGAUCUCGUGCCGAGUGGAAUGCUCUCCCCUCUGCACGGUCAUGUGGUUGAAGAACGAGGUGCUGGUCAAGGACGGGGAAGGAGGGUACUCCAUCAAGACGAACGUCCUCCCACCGGACCCGGCCACGAACGACUUCGAGAGCGUCCUCUCCACCCUGUCCUGGAACAUGAACGUGGACAUUGUAGGAUCCCGGGAUCAGGAGGCUAACUACACGUGCAGGAGCACGGGGAAUGGGAUCGGACCUGGCGUCACCAGCACCACCUACUUCCACGUAGAAUAUCCCCCGGAGAACAUCUCGGUGUCCUCGCCCUACGUGGACGUGCGAGAGGGAGACCGAGCGGGCGGGGUGACCUGCACGGCCCACGCCUACCCCGAACCCACGUACACGUGGAGAUUCGGCGCCCAAGUCGUGUCGUCCGGGCCCACCCUCCUCCUCGACUACGAGAUAAAGAAGUCCAUGGCCGGGGAGUACGACUGUGUGGCGGAGAACCGGCACGGCAAGAUCACGGCCAAGACCUACAUCAACGUCCUCUACAAGCCAGAGUGUGUGAUGAAGCGCGAAGAGGUAUCCGGCGAGAUCCGGUUGACGUGCGAAGUCCAGGCGAACCCGAAGGAAGUCACGUUCACGUGGCUCUUCGGGAACGAGACGCUGAGCCGUGGGAUCCGGACGAAGGGGCUGAGGAGUUCCUACGUCGUCCAACAGGCGGCGGCGGCAGCGGCGGGGCAGGGGAAUUACGUGUGCCUCGUCAACAACUCCCUGGGGCCGGCGGAGUCUCCGUGUGAGAUGGAGCUCACAGAGUUGGGAGGAUGGAUGGAGCUGGACGAGGAUAACAUGAUCAUGAUCGGAGCUCUCGCAGCCGCCGCCGUUCUCAUUCUCCUCAUCAUCCUCAUUAUUGUCAUCAUCUGCUGCCGGAAGAAACGGACGCCUGAGAAAUUUGUGACGUUCCGAAGGUCUUCAGGGGAGUCUGCACCCAGUGGGACAGGUCGAAAACGAAAGAAACCUGGAGAUGAUGGCAGCACAGGAGGGAAGGGCGAGGACGACUGGCCAGGAGAGAAACUCUUCUACGAAAAUCUCCCUUUCCACGGCCUUCAAGCCCCACCCAACAAGAUAGAACCAGAACCCGAGCCCCAGAACCCCUUGCCCCCAGCAGCAACUCCUCCGGCCCCAACCCUCUCCGGCGGCAACGGCAGUAGACCCCCUAGCGAACUGAGUCAGAACGGAUCAUCCGGUUACGGAUCGACGAGGAGCCAAAGCGACCACCCCCCUCAAGUCACCCAAGUCCUCGGCUUCGGGUCUCUUAGGGCUCGCAAAAACACAGGAGCCUCUUUCCUUAGUGCCAGGGCUUUGCUAUUCUCCUCCCUUCGAUUCCCAUCCAAGACUCGGAACGACAAUCAAAUUCAGAGCCAUGCCGACCUGCAAGGAGUUGCCGAAGAUUCCGAACUGGGGAUCCCCAUAGUGCCGUACAAUCCCCGUGAGAACGAGACGGAAGGUGCGGUAGCACCGCCUCGAGCUGCACCCCGUGCACCCAGGGCUAGGCAUGUCUACCUCAAUGUCCCUUUCCCACAACCUCUUGGGGCUGAGGAAAACUCCGACCAGCAUCAACGACACCGUCAUCACGAGGGAGGACUGAGCACCCUUUCCCUUUCCCGGAUGGCCACGUUACCCGUCCAGCAGAAAUUCCCCGCCGUCCACCAUCCCCCUCCCCCUCCCCCUGCCCGCCUGAUCCGCCCCCCUUCUCACCUGCCGGACGAAUACGUGGAAGUGGCGUAUGCUUCCCCUUACCCGGUCCUUCCCCGUCCGGUCGCGGACAAUAUCCCUCGAUCCUCGCAAGGUCUCCGCCACCCGAGGUCAUCCGGGGUCAAGGUCAAGGAUAACCUUUACCCGGGCAAACGGGGUGCUAAUCCCACCCCUGCUGCCCUGCACUUCAGAGAAAGCGGCCUAGGGCAAGAGAUUGAUGUAUGA